AUGGAUAACAUAUACAAUUUAACUUACGAUAACUUAACAUACGAUGAUACGGAAUUCCUAAACUGUGAACUUAAUUUAUCGUUUAUCGCUAUAAUUAAUCAGAUACUCUACUCCAUCGUUUGUAUCGUUGGACUUCUUGGGAAUACUUUGGUCAUUUAUGUUGUUCUACGCUUCGCGAAGAUGCAGACUGUCACAAAUAUGUACAUUGUGAACUUAGCGAUCGCGGACGAGUGCUUCCUAAUCGGUAUACCAUUUUUAGUAACAACGAUUAGUUUACGUGGCUGGAUCUUCGGUAAUGUUAUGUGCAAAGUGUAUAUGAUCACGACUAGUAUCAAUCAGUUUACCAGCAGCAUCUUUUUACUCAUCAUGAGUGCUGAUCGCUACAUCGCUGUGUGCCACCCGAUUUCAUCCCCGAAGAUGCGCACGCCUUUCAUCUCAAAAAUAAUUUCGAUUUCUGCCUGGAUCACUAGCGCUCUCUUCAUGAUACCGAUAUUUCUUUAUGCAAAUACUAUGGAAUACACAAAUGGCGUUGUCAGUUGCAACAUUUAUUGGCCUAACGAUCACGGUGGUCAUACUACUUUUACAUUUUACAUGCUUAUCUUCAGCUUCAUCAUUCCUUUAAUAUUUAUACUGGUUUUCUACUUACUGGUAAUAAAAAAGCUGCGAACAGUGGGUCCAAAGAACAAAUCAAAAGAGAAGAAACGAUCACAUCGAAAGGUCUCCAGACUGGUCUUAACAGUUAUCGUUGUAUAUGUCUUCUGUUGGUUACCUUAUUGGGUCACUCAAGUGGCCUUGAUAUAUACCCCGCCAAAACAAUGUCAAACUAAUAUUAGUAUUGCAAGUUUUCUGCUAGCUGGUUUCCUGAGUUAUAGCAAUAGCGCAAUGAACCCGAUUCUGUACGCUUUUUUAAGUGACAAUUUUAAAAAGAGUUUUUUGAAGGCAUGUAAUUGUGCUGCUGGAAAGGACAUUAAUGCGACACUGAACAAUGAAAAUAGCGUGUUUCCAAGAAGGAAAAUUAAUGAUGAUAGAUUACAACAUGAUCAAAUGAUAGCAGCUGGAUCAUCUAGAAUGGAUUUUGACGAUGAGGAGACGGACAGAGGACUGUUCAGCAAGACCUCCACUACCACAGUGACGAUGACAUCAAGAUCAAACAUCGAGAUCACAGUGAGCAGCGAUUAUUACAGGGAUCCAGCACAAAGAAAUAAAGAUUUACAUAAGAAUGGUGCACAAUUAACUUUGUUGACGCAGGUUUGAGCGCGAUAUAUUAUAAUACAGCAGACUCUCUAGGAUGAGAACUCAUUGCGAGUCAUAAACACAAAAUCCAAUAAGUC